AGCAUCUGUCGCGUGCUGUUGUCGUCAUUUGUAAGCUGACGUGAGUGUGGCUGAAAAGCAAGGAGCCACACGUUUACUGCAUAUGCCGGUGGGACAAUCUUUACUUACGUAUUUGAUCACGGAAGAUGUCUUCACUCCUCAAGGUGGACAAUGAAAUCAAAACCAAGGUUGAUGCUUUCAGGGAGCGAAUCUCAGCAGAAGCGGAGGAUCUAGUAGCAAAUUUUUUUCCAAAGAAGUUGCUGGAACUUGAUCACUUUCUCAAGGAUCCCUGCAUAAACAUCACCGAGCUGAAGGAGAUCCACUCAGAGAUUAACCUGACGGUGCCAGACCCCAUCUUGCUUUCAAACCUUAAUGACGGAUUGGAAGGGCAAAAUGCCAAAAAGAGAAAGCUUGAGGAUGGAAGUCGUGAAGACAUUGUGACGGGCACAAAGGUCUUCGUCAUGCCUGGUGGGAUGAUGAAGUGCAACACAAACCUUGUGGAGCUUAUUGAAAAGGUCAAGCCAGAGAUCAGGACACUCAUAGAGAAAUGUAACACAGUUAAAAUGUGGGUUCAGCUCCUCAUCCCCAGGAUAGAGGAUGGCAACAACUUUGGCGUUUCAAUCCAGGAGGAGACGGUAGCUGAACUCAGAACAGUCGAAGGAGAGGCUGCGUCUUACCUCGAUCAGAUUUCAAGAUACUACAUCACAAGGGCAAAGCUGGUUUCUAAAAUAGCCAAAUAUCCACAUGUGGAGGACUAUCGGCGCACGGUAACAGAAAUUGACGAGAAGGAGUACAUCAGUCUGAAGAUCAUAGUUUCGGAGCUCAGAAACCAAUAUGUAACGUUACACGACAUGAUACUGAAGAACAUUGAGAAGAUCAAGAGGCCUCGAAGCAGUAAUACUGAUGCAUUGUACUGAUGUCGGUCUCUCCUUCCCUGUCGUCUCCCUGCUCUUACAUGCUGGCAGCAGCCUCACCCCCAUCUGCAGGAAAACUAGACAUUCACACACUUCAACACACUUCAACACACUUCAACACAGUCGACUCAGCCCAGUAUGAAAACAUAGCUUCAUAGAUGGACACCUUUUUGUUUUAAUUGUAAAUGUGUUUUUGUUUUAAUUCCUUCAAAAACGUUAAAGUUCUCUCAGAAAAUGGGACAGUAAACUAUAGGCAACAUAAAGCACGAUGUAUUUUUUAAUUUUAAUUAAACAUCUUGUCUCCAGA